GCGUCUGCUGUGGGUUCACGAUCAUCUCGCAACAAGUCCAGAAACAUGGCUCGACUCUUGGUAGUCUGCGUGCUGGCCGUCUCCGUGGCCUGUGCCACGUCUUACCAGUUCAAGAUUAGCAAUGGCCUGUACGAUGGUGGCAGCUCCUUCGGUGGUAGCAGCUAUGGAAGUGGAAGCUAUGGUGGUUACGGCGCGGGUCUCGGCAGUUACGGCAGCAGCGGCUACGGAGGGUACGGCAGCGGCGGCUAUGGAGGCUUCGGCAGUGGACUCGGUAGCUACGGCAGUGGACUUGGCAGUCUUGGAUUUGGAAGCGGCAGCUACGGCAGCAGUGGCCUCAGUGGUCUCGGCUUCGGCAGUGGUAGCUACGGCAGCUAUGGCAGCCUUGGCAGCCUUGGCAGUCUCGGCUAUGGCAGCAGUGGGCUCAGCGUUCUAGGCUUCGGUAGCAGUGGCUAUGGAAUUGGUAGCUAUGGCCGCUAUGGCCGUGGACUUGGCAGUCUCAUCUAUGGAAGCAGCGGCCUCAGUGGUCUUGGCCUCGGAAGUGGCAGUUAUGGCAGUUAUGGCAGCCUGGGCUACGGCAGCAGUGGGCUCAGUGGUCUUGGCUUCGGUAGCAGCGGCUAUGGAAGUGGUAGCUACGGCAGCUACGGUCGUGGUCUUGGCAGUCUCGGCUAUGGAAGCAGUGGCCUCGGUAGUCUAAGUUUUGGCAGUGGUAGAUACGGAAACCUUGGCAGCCUAGGCUAUGGCAGCACUGGGCUUGGUGGUCUUGGCAGUUUUGGCUACUUAAGCGGUGGUCUUCGCUAUGGAGGCUAUGGUAGUGGUCUCAGAGGCUACGGAAGCUAUGGUAGCAGUCUUGGAAACUACGGAGGUUACGGAAGCUAUGGAAGUGGUCUCGGAAGCUACGGCAGCUACGGCAGUGGCCUUGGAGGAUACAGAGGCUACGGAAGCUAUGGACUUGGAGGCUACGGAGGCUAUGGCAGCGGCCUCCUUGGUGGUCUUGGAUUUGGUAGUGGCCUCUAUGGCAGCAGAGGCUUUGGCGGCCUCGGCUACGGUGGUUACGGCAGCUAUGGCAGUGGCUUCGGAAGCCUGCUUGGAGGAUUUGGAUGUCAAGAAAACCUGUGGGGAGUGAAGUCCAGAUGGUAAACAACGCACUGAAUGAGAUGAGCUGUUUUGAAG